GUAUUCGCUACCUGUCGACGGGGACUUGUUACUAAAUAUAUGAUAUCUAUUGUCUUGGUAUAGUGUGUGUUGGGGAUGGGACAUGACUGACAUUCAAGGCGUGUUCAAGUUACGCUCGACUAACUACAAACUCGGCUCACCAGAUCACUCGUUCAUAUACAGCGGCUUGGACUGUCAGCUCUAUCACAACACACUCACGCCUUGACGUUUCGACCUGGGAAUAUUUUGUGAAAAAUUUGGAUUAUUGGACUAGUUUACAGGAUUAACCUUUAACCUUUCUGUGAUUUGGGGGUUGACGUUUUUAUAAAGAAAGGGAACUCAAGUUACCCUGAUUGUUGUGUUUAACCUGAAAAUGAUACUGUAAAUGUAAAUAUAGUUACAGAUAUAGCGGAAUAUAACAUUACAUUGCAUUGUGUGGAAUUGUGGAGAUGAACUAAAGCAAAAUGGGACAGAAUUCGAGUGCACAGCUUAAUCUGUCGACCAACACGGCAAUUACAAGGUCCGAAUCCGUGAAAACAAAAGGCCCACCAAAACGCCCAGCAGCCCCACCACAGCCCAAAAUACCAAAUUAUGUCGUCGAGGGAAAUAAAGUGCUUCCGGGAAACAUACCCCUGGACGGCAGAUCAAAUUUGCGUCCAGUUUCGCAGGAGCUAAGCAAAUUUAUGCCAGAGAUCGCCGAUAUCUACAAAGCGGAGGAUUCUGAUGAAGGAUUUGCAUUGGAUUUUGACGGAGACAAAGAAAAUCACCAGGAUAAUACACAGAAAACACCAAUCAAGCAAAAUUUGGAUGGACCCAUCGUGACCCCAGACAAAAAAAUACAGAUUUCGAAAGGUUUUGAAAACAAUGUGAAAUCACCCAAUGGUGUUUCAACUCCACGAAAUUCGAAAUUUAGUAACGGCGAUAACAAUUAUUGUAAUGGCGACUCGGGGAAUAAUGACUCUGGAAUAUUUGAGCAUGAUAUAACCAUCAAUGGCAUGGAGAUACCAAAUGGAAAAGUGAUAAACGGUGUGAGUCAUACUCGAACAAAUUCUCUCGAUCGAAAUGCGAAGAUAAAGGGCCACCGCCGUCAGCAGUCCACAACUACGAGUCUGUUGAAUAACGAGAGCACAAUCUUUGAGGAUCCAAGAGAACAUUUGUAUAAUGAAUGGAGAAAGGAUCCUUAUUCUAAUUCCUUACCUAGUGGAUCAUCCCUUCCCGUCAAAAGUAAUUUCGAAAUGGACGAGUCGUUUAAUUUAACUUACGCCCAACUAGCUGAGGCGCGACGAAAAUCAACCCUCGAAGAACUGGAACGAAGAACGGGCAAGAAGAUAUCUGACCUUAGUGAUGAUCUUGCAGUACAGUCUAACGCUAAACCGUCACCGUUUGAUCAUUACAACUACAUGCCAUCUAUGAAAACUAAAUCGUUUUCUGUUGCAAGUAGUACCAGUACUGCUAGCUCGUCGGACACUGGUGUAAGCAAAAGGAAAAAGAAGCGUGCACCACAACCACCUAAUCAAAACGGUAUCAUUGAACCUCCUGUUGAUUACAAUUUAGAUUUUCAAACCAAUUCCAUGCCCCGAACCAAGCGACAACUUUCAACCGAUUCAUCAUAUUCAACUGCAUCCAACGGAUCCACUCCUUCGUCGACUCCGCGGAAGAAAGGCCCGGCGCCAACGCCUGGCGGGGUUUCUCCGCGAACAAAUGGUGUCACUAAAAUUACGGUGUCGCGUUCAAAUUCUUUUAAAUCACCACCAGUUAUGCCCAAACCCGCACGCCAACUUUCAGAGCUUGAGCUUCGACUUCAGUCUGUUCGCGAUCAAGUCGAGGAGAAGAUAGAAAAAGGGCUUACAGAAGAUGCAGACACACACAAGGACAAAGAGCAAAAGGAGAAAGAAGAACAGAGAGAGAAAGAAGAGCAAAAGGAGGCAGAAGAAAAAAAGGAAAAAGAACAAAAAGAGAAGGAACAAGAUGUGAAAGAACAACAAAAAGAGAAAGAAGAACAAAGGGAUGAAGUGGUUUCUAUGUCAACUGACACCAUAUCAACAAUGUCAGAUAACAUAAGCUUAUAUUCUGUUGAGUCAAGAACGAAAUCCGAUACUAACAGUGUACAAAUGGAAGAGGUGAAACCAAAAUUGGACGUCUCGAUUGAAGCUGAAAAGGAAGUAGAAGAAACAAUCGAAAAAGUUGUGUCGGAAGUCAAACGCCACUCCUCUAAUACCGAGGAGUUGAAACAGACCGAGACAAUUACAACCAUGAAGACGCCCACCAAAGAGACCAAUCAAAAGAAACUAAGCUCACUUUUACAGCAUGAUAUAAUAUUAGCCGCCCAAGCCCGCGGCUCGCGAAUCGUGAAACAGACAACGCCUGUUCCAUCAAAACCAAAAGAUGAACAGGCUGUAUUUAAGGAGCAGUUGAGCAAAGCUCUGACUGAUCGUGACGAUCGCAUGAAGCGGUCACAGAGUAUCGACGAAUUAAUGUCAAAAACAAGAUUCCAGGCACAAAUAGGUCGCGUUGUUGUUAGUAAAAAGGAACCGGAGCCGAGCGAACACAUGGAACCACCCACAAGAAGUGUGAGUGUUACCUCUCCAGUUAAAAUCCCUCCUAAGGUAGCCCCAAAGAAAGUUAAAAGUUUAAGUAGUAUAAAUAACCUAGGCUCUAGCACACAUACAGUAAAUGGCGAACAAAACGGGUCAAUUGUGAAAUCGCAAAGCUCUGACUUUAGUAAGGAUUGGACUCCUGAGGAUGAUCUUGGCUCUGACGAAGAUAUGACUGAUCAGGUAUUUUAUUCUCAUCAGCGGACAACAUCUGAAGGAUUCAAAUCACAAAUUAUACCUGGAAAAGUACAAGAUCUCAAAACGGGAAGUCUUCAAAGACCAGAUAAAAAGAAUCGCAAAUAUAAGCAAGCAGUGGCUGUGCCGGAUGAUGCCAAUAAAUAUGGCAGCAUCCGUAAACUUAAAAAGACUGUUCACAAGGGUGUCAAAAACGCCUUUGGAUCUUUAAGUAGAGCUUCUGGUAAACUUUUAAGACGUCAACGAAAUUCUGAUUUAGGGGAUUAUCAAACAGACCAAACAAACUGGCGACUUUCAUCUACAAACGUUAGUCAGUCGUACCCGACGGCGAAUUCCAGACAGCAUUCCGACAGUGAAGAUUCAGAUUCCGGUGGAAUGGGCGUCGAGGAUAUAAGAUUCGAUUUACCUGAUGAUCCUCCUGCUAGUGAACAGGAUGUUAAAAACUUGAAACGCGCUGGAGUUGCGUAUGUUAGCGGACAUGGUCAAAUAGUAGUGCUACCGGAUUUUACCUCGACUACCACAGGAGCUGACGAGGAGGAAAACGAAGGGCGAGCUCCUAAAAUACAUAGGAGAAAGAAAAAGAAAUUGAGUUACGAAUCAACAGUUAGACAGCAGGAACGGCAACAGUGGGAAGAACAGAUUGCAGAACAAAUCAAACAAAAGGAACUGGAAAUGGAAAGAGAAAGAGUAAAACAGAUGGAAAUGGAACUUGAAUACAGGCGACUUCGAGAUCUGAGUAGUCAGGAAAAAUUACAGAAGCUUCAAUCUGAACAAAUGCAGCAACAGAUUCAAGCUCUCCAAAACCAACAAGGCAUCGGCGUACCUCCAACACAUCACAAGAGUCUUCAUAAUUUGAUUCAGCCUUCCACCACUUACAAUCCCAUUUUAACUUCUAAUAUACCUCAACAACCAGCUCUGGGAAUCAACUAUAACCCCAUCCAUCAAACUAUGACUUCCAUGCCAAACAAUUUUACCUCGAGCGAAAUGAAUCAAAUGGGUGACUAUAUGAGGAUGAUGGGGGUAUCCCCACCUUCAACUUCUCAGCAAUGGGCAUAUUUGUUAAACUCUGUCACUCCUUCUAGUCCUAUACGAUCCCACCAUACCCAGAGCAUGUUCCUCGCUCCGGGACCCGAUCUGUCCAUGCUCUUUGGAGGAAAAACUAUGGACGAUUCCAAGAUUCAUCAGAAGCAGCCGAUGAUGAAUCAUAUAUCCAAUGGACCCGUCCGAAUGCACGGAUCUGAGAUGUCUUUAAAUGGACAGAUGUCCUUCGAGAAAAAGAGAAUGAUAGAUAUCAUGUCUAAUGGAAGGCCAGCCCAAAUGGAGCUGGAUCAUGCGUCAAUAGGAACAUUGCUCACCGACUUCCAUCAUGGUCCACAGAAUGUUAUAUCAAAAUCCAAAAAGGAAAAGAGGUCGGAAAAUUCAGGAGAACAAAGGGCUAAUCCGGUGUAUUAUUCUAGUGACGAGGAGGUGGACGACCAACUGAGUCCUGCUAAAACAAACCAAGGAAUUGUUAGAGUACAAGUAGAAGAUAAUCGGGAGAUACCGGUGCCUAGCAUGGUGACGCCAACUAGCGGUCAGAUUGUAUACGAUGAUGCUGGUUUUAAAACUGUCAUCUUUAACCCGGCUUAUCCGUCUUUGAGCCCAAGAGAGCUGGAUGAUAGUUCUAGUGGAGCUGAUAGGUGAAUAUCCAGACGUUCACACAAGAUAAUGUUUCUAAUUGUGUAACUACCAAAUACAAUUAAACAAUCCGUCUGAUGACGUGGCAGGCAUGUAUGCAUAAAUUUCAUAUGACGUAUGUGACCUAUUCAGAAAGUGAGAAACAUUAGUGUCGUACCGAUCGUGGAUUUACAAUACUUGUCAGUAGAAUUCAGAAACGGUAUAUUGGUCUGUGCCGAUUUGAUGCAACUGGUUGUGUGAACAUGGAAGUUUUUAGAGAUGUGGACACUGUGAAAUAUCGCGAUAUUUCGGUGAAUUGAUUCUGAUAUAAAUGGAAGUGAAUCGAUGUGUCGAUAAUCGAUUAAUGAACAGUGAUCUUAAAGUGAUUACCAAUAUGUGAAAACAUUUGAAUAUAUAAUCAAUUGGUUGACCUGUGACACAAUAUUAAAUCAGAAUGGAAGAACCUUGUACGACCAGUGUUUUCGUGAAGUUGAUAGAUCUGCGAUUAACGAUUAAGAACACAAACGUGUGCGUUGAAAUUUUCUUGUGAAUAUUCAUAAAAAUUGAUAUUAUUUCGUUUAAUUGUUCAUAUUUUCAGUUACUUAUGAUGUUAAUGUAUUUUGUGGCGUUGUUUUAGACGUUUUUUUUUGUUGUGAUCUUGUUUUUGACUCCCUAAAAUGGCGUAUAUUUAUACCAAUAAUUGCUUCAUGCAUAUUUGAUUUAGAGGAAUAUAUAUGUAUAUAUUUUAAAAUGACAUGUUGUAGCUAAUAUAUAAUAUGUGCAUUUAUCCCUUUACCUUCCAGAUUCUAGUUUUUCGAACUUUCGCUGAUUAUUUUCUUGUCUAAUUUAACCAUUAAUUAUUGAAUAAUGUAUUGGGUUGAGACUUGUAUUCACAUUAUUUUCAUUGAAUCUUUCCUAAGAGAAAUUUCAAGACUUGUUAAAAAUUUUAACCCUCUAAACAAUCCGUAGGGUGGAGACUUGUAUUUAGAUACGUUAAUUUCUUUGAAUCAUUGCUUAGAACAAUUUCUCAAGUUGUUAACAAUUAAUACCCUAGAGAAGCAGGUGUCGAUGUCAUCAGACAUAUAUUUCUAUAAUCUUUAAGUGGCAUUAUAUUAAAUAAAUAACAUUUUAUGAGCUCUACAGACAUUUGUCUUUAUAAUUAAUAUUUCGUUUUUUUUUCGGAACUAGGAUCUAUGAUUAAACGAUCCAAUUUGUCCUGAAGGUACCUUAUUAAUACAAGGCAUUGACCUAAUAAACACCUACACCAAGUUUGAACAUUGUAGCUCAAUUAGAAAGAGAGCUAUUGUGUCACCAAAAGUGUGACGGACAGACAGACAGACGGACAGACGGACGAACGCAUUUUAAUAGUCCCCUGCUUUCUUCGAAAGGCGGGGGACAAUAAACAAUAUCAUGCCGACAUCUGAACAUUCUUAAAUGAACAAAGCCUCUUUGAUUAUCUUAAAAAAAUGGUAUUGAGUUGGGUUGAUAUGUUGUGCUAGUUCAAUGAGUGAUGUGGUACACUCAAUACUAUUAAAUGUGUUUUCAAAUUAUUACGAGAAAAUCGAUUUGAAAUUUGAUUAAAAUACAGAUCCAUAUUUUAUAUUUUCGAUGGCCUACACUACCUGAAGAUUUGACCGGUUGUAGUGGAAGGUCGCUUCAGGUGUCAUAUGAGCGGCUUUUGACCUUAUGAUGUCAGACAUUGAUUAAUCAAUUAGCCUUGAUGUUUCUAGUGGUAUAGCUACAGUUCCGUAACAAACCGUUUCUUCGGCUAAUCCCUCGCGUCAUCCAGAACGCCGGUUAUAUAACAACUCUUCCAGAUCCUAGUGUAGUAAAGACAAUUAAAACGAAAUUUUGAACUAUAAACAAACGAAACGAAAUAGGAUAUGUGUUUUAAUCAGAUUGGUCGAUUUGCUACUAGUACUAAUUGUACUUUCAUUUAAUGCUUACUGUGUCGACAGUCGAACACAGCAUCGGUUAUAUCUUAAGACUACUAUGUUCAUAUAUAGACGUACAAUUUUAAACCGUAAAACUGAAAUCCAUGCUGGUGUUUUCCACCCCUCCUCCCCCCCUCCUCUCCGCUGCUUCUUGUUUUGACCCAUGUCAAAGAGGUCUGGUCGGUUUAAGGUUCGCGUAUAAAGACCCCUAUAAACAAUUUCUAUUAAUAGCUAAUGAUCUACAUAAAAAGAGGAAUUUAAGCAAUAGUUCGUCAAUGAUAUCCAAUCAGAUUUUUGCGUUUAAACAUAUUUCAUUUAAUAACCUUUCAUUUGAUUAGCUUUCUAUUGUACCCACCAUAUUACUGUCAUUGUAUUAUAUUGUAAAUAGAUUAUUUUUGAAAAUCAAAAUCUACUAAAAAAUAUUUAUUUUAGUUUAAAUCAAAAUGGUUGUGUCAAAUUAUAUUUACAUAUUUAUUUAGGUCUGUAAUUAUUGCUUCGUUUCGUUAAAUCUAGACAUCUUAUUGGCCAUUUCUCAUCCAAUUAGUCAGGUACAUGUAGUUAGUGUUAAACAAAGUUAGCCAUUGAAAAGUUGGUUAACUAUUGUUGCAUUUAAAUCAACUCGGCACUUCUUUAGAUUUGUUUUGGGAAACAACGUAUCUUGUGCACAGCAACAACAGGAUACGCCAAUAUUGGAAAGUGGAAAACUUGCAUUUUAAAUCCGGAAAGAAAUGGCUUUGGUGAUAGCUGGCCUUUAUUACUAUGUCAAAACUGUAUGCACAUGUAUGUUUGUUAAUGCGCUUUUCAAAUGAAGACAUUUGUGCAAUUAUUUGUGUAAAUAUAGACUAUAUAUUGAUAUUGAUAAAAACAAAACGAAAGUAGAGUCUGUUAAAAUAAUAUAGAUUUAUAUAUAAAUUAUUUUUAUAGAAAAUAAGCUAGAUGUAUUAUUAUAUAGAUUAUUACUAUACUCAUUGAUUUGUUUAUAA